CUAUAAAUAGUCCAAACCUUGUUCACUCCAUGCACUACCCAACUUUGUUCAUUGCUUUCAUUGCUUCUGCUCUCUAUUCCAACAAUGGCUAACCUCCAGUUUCUUUCGAUCCUUUCUGCAACUUUUCUUUUUCUGCUAACUCUGGGAAAUGCCGCGCCAUGUUCUGACUGCUUCAUUCAUUCUAGGGCAGCUUAUUACCCAAAUUCUGAUGAACAAGGAACAGAUACUGGGGCAUGCGGGUUUGGAGCAUUUGGGGCGAUGAUCAAUGCUGGGGAUGUAUCAGCAGCAUCAGAUCUCUAUCGAGAUGGUGUAGGAUGUGGUGCUUGCUACCAGGUGAGGUGUACAAACAGUAACUAUUGCUCAGACAAAGGAGUGACAGUAGUUAUAACUGAUCAUGGGGCCAGUGAUCACACCGACUUUAUCCUCAGUAGGAGAGCCUUUGGCCGGAUGGCUCAAACUAGAGAUGCAGCUGCCUCUCUAUUAGCCCUUGGUGUGGUUGAUAUUGAAUAUAAACGGAUUUCAUGCAGCUACCCAAACAAAAAUAUUACAGUCAAGAUUGACGAGAACAGCAACUACCCUUAUUACCUGGCUUUUGUAAUAUGGUAUCAACAAGGCAAGAACGAUAUCACUGCUGUACAGCUAUGUGAGACAGAAAAUUUUGUGUGCAAGCUAUUGGAUCGCAGUUAUGGAGCAGUAUGGACAAUCACCUCACCCCCUAGUGGACCCUUGUCCAUAAGAAUGCUAUUCAGCGAUGAUGAUGGAGACGAGACAUGGGUUGUUCCACUAAAUAACAUUCCCGAAAAUUGGAAACCUGGAGAAACUUAUGAUUCGGGAGUCCAAACAGAAAAUUUUGUGUGCAAGCUAUUGGAUCGCAGUUAUGGAGCAGUAUGGACAAUCACCUCACCCCCUAGUGGACCCUUGUCCAUAAGAAUGCUAUUCAGCGAUGAUGAUGGAGACGAGACAUGGGUUGUUCCACUAAAUAACAUUCCCGAAAAUUGGAAACCUGGAGAAACUUAUGAUUCGGGAGUCCAAGUAAACGUGUAG